GACCUGCAGCCCGCCAUGCCUGAGCCUCCCACCCCCUCCAUGGGCUCCUGUGCGGCCCGAGCCUCCCCGACGAGCGCCGCCCCCUGCUGCACGGAGCCCAGUCCCAUAGACCGCCCAAGGGCCGAGGAGUGUGGGCGUGCGGCGCGGGACUGGCACGCAGCUCCACCUGCAGCCCUGGUGCGGGAUCCACUCGGUGAAGCCAGCUGGGCUCCUGAGUCUGCUGGGGACGUGGAGAACCUUUAUGUCUAG